GCUUUUUUUCUCUCUUCCCAAUUUAUACCCCUCCAUCCCUCCCUCUUCCACAGGAAGCAUCAGCGCCGAAACAGAGACCAUGACCUCCGUCUGCAUCUCCAACUGCGUCAGCGACGCUCGAGACCCCCGUGUUCCCGUCAGAGCCACGUACGUUAACCUCUACAAGUGGCCGGAAUCGGACGCCGAGUUCGUGAGGUCGGUGAGCCAUAACCGCCGGAAAGGAUCGCAGGUGUACGGACACCCCAGGGUGGUGGACAGUAUCUCCUGCAGGCAGAUGUAUCUGAGAAGCUACAAAUUUUCCAGGAAAGAGAGCGUGCCCGAGAAAACCCAGAAGUGCUUCGGGAGGGUGAAGGAGAAAGUGGGUCAGGGGAAGAAGAACAGGCCUGCUUCGGCGAGGAAAAGGAAGUGUUUGGUUUGGAGGAAAGUGAAGGAAAUCUCGUGCUCUGCACUCUUUAGGAUUUUCCACAAUUUCUUGUCUUGUGCUGCUAGCGUAGAUGUCGUCGAUGAAAAGGAUUGACGUUUUAAUUUGAGGUUGCGAAUCGUAUUUUGCUUGUUUGCUUUCUUUGUUUCUUCUAUUUAUGAUCGAUCGGGAGAGUAAUUAUAUAUAUAUAUUUGUUAAGAAUGCGUGGGUGUAAGAAAUGCACAGUAGGAAUAUGAAGACAAGCACGAGCCUCUUCCUUCCCCAAUGUAUAUUUAUGAAUUUUGACGUUUGCCUCAAGAAACUCUGGCCAGUCUUCUUCUUAUAUUAAUUUCACUACAAUUAAGAAUCA